UGCUGUGUACAAAUUAGUUUUUGCUUAUUACAGCAUUCUCUGCUACCCUCUCUCUCUCUCUCUACAACUUGUGAACUUCCUCAGCGUUUCCAUUUAUAUAUACUUUUCCUGCUCCUCUUGCUUGACUCGCAUCUAAUUUUUCUGAGGGACAAAGACCAGCUCGAUUUUAUUCGCGGGUGCCUGAACAGAUGGCAAGGGGAGGCAAGGUUAGUUGCAAACGCAAGACGAGAAAUAAAGUCCAAUUGGAGAAAAAAGGUUCAGAUGAGUCUGAUGAAGAUUAUAGGGUGGAUGAAGAUGAAGAGUUUCAUUUGUCUGAAGAUGACUAUUGUUCUUCCCUCGCUGAGAAUGAAUCAGAUGAGAGUUUUAAAUUUGAUGAUGAGGAAGAAGAGUGGAUAGAAAAGAAGGUUAAGACUAAGAAGAUUGGCAAGCCAAAAGGGCGAAAAUCUUUUCAGACAAGAAAGAAAAAUAUGGUUGUGAAGUCUAGAAAGAAACAGGUAUCUGACAGUGAAGAGGAAGAGGAAGAGGAAGAGGAAUAUGAUGAUUAUUGUGUUUCUAGUGUGAGGCAACAAAAGAAAAGUGAAGAAGACGAUUGUGAUGAUGAGGAUGAUGAUAUUAUAUUUUUUCGUCGAGAAGAUAAGGAUGACUUUGUUGAUGAGAAUCCAAGCAAGAAAUCCCGAGUUUCAAGAACCGAGAUGUAUGAGGAUUCAUAUAAUGAGGAAUCUAAAGAAAUAGAUAAACUUGCAUUUAGUGAAGAAAAUGAAGAUGAUGAUUAUAAUGAGUCUGAUGAUUCUGAUGAUGAGGAAUUUGCUCCAAUUGAGGUUUUGAAAAGUAACAGUAGAAAGCCAGUAAGAAGACGAGUUUUAAGGAAAAAAAAUAGGUCUAAUCCUUCAAAAGAAUUUAAAGAUAAGAACGCUGCUUCAAGGAAAAGGAAAGCAAUCAAGGAGUGGGGUUGGGGCAGGAGGAAGAAAGCAACUGUAACUGUGAAUUCUGAUUCUGAUGUUGAUAUUGUGAGCUCAGAAUCAUCUGAUUAUGAGUACACAAUAUCAGAAGAAGAGAGAGAACAGAUUAAAGAAGCUACUCAAUUUUGUAAAAGGUCGAACACUAAUUUAAGGAGCUCUAACUCUUUGAAAAUGACUGAAGAGGAAAAGUUAGUGCCUGUAAAGGGAAAGCGCCCAGGAAGGAAGGGUAAACAAAAGGUGGUAGAUUUGAAUAUUGAGAUUGUGAGGCAAGUUUGUGGGAUUUGUUUAUCUGAAGAGGGUAAAAACACAGUCAAAGGAGUUUUAAAUUGUUGCAGUCAUUACUUUUGUUUCGCUUGCAUCAUGGAAUGGUCGAAAGUGGAAUCUCGCUGUCCUCUCUGCAAGCAAAGGUUCGCAACCAUCAGUAGAACUGCACGAACGGAUGGUGGGAAUGAUCUAAGGGAUGCAGUUUUUCCGGUUCCUGAGCGUGAUCAGGUUUAUCAGCCAUCUGAAGAGGAGCUUAGGGGAUAUCUUGAUCCAUACGAAAAUGUUCUUUGUACUGAGUGUCUGCAAGGUGGGGAUGAUGCGUUUAUGCUUCUCUGCGACCUCUGCGACUCACCUGCACAUACUUACUGUGUUGGUCUCGGACGUGAGGUGCCAGAUGGAAAUUGGUACUGUGAUGGCUGUAGGCCAACAGCCCUUGCUUCCUCAAAUGCUCAAGUUCUGAAUUCUACUCCUGAUCAUGGACCAAGCAACAAUUUAUCAGUUGGCUCAUCACCUGGUUGUGCUGUUCGCGAAACUUUCGAUCUCAAUGAGGCAUACGUACCUGACACCCCAUUGAGUCAAGUCAGCGGGCACUCUCAAUCACCAAGGCAUGCAAUCGGGCAUCUUCAACCCACUUCGCCUGCCUCUGGGUCUGGGGCAUUCACUCUGCAUGACAGACGACGGAUACAGCAAGUGAUACAUCGAUUCAGAAGCCGGCAAGCUGAAGGGAAUAAUGGUGUGGCCUCAGCAUCAGCAAUCAAUACUUUAGGUUCACAAAUCGGUCGUGGAGUCAUAGCAACUCAAAACACAAUCAUGCCAAGGAUGGCUUCACAAAAUAGCUUCCGGGGAAGACUGACUGACUAUAGCACAUCUUCAUUGUACAAUAGGGAUUCCUUCUCUCCAAGAUUAAGCAAUUUGAGGGGAGGUGUGCUUCAAAGUCAACCUUCUACCUCGAAUGCUCACCCUUUUGGUGGACUAUCACAAAGUGAAUAUGCUGGGAUCAAUGCAAGAAUUGGCGGGGAUUUGGUUCAACAGCAACUGCAUCAUUGCAGUACCACAUCAAACACUGGGGCUGAUGCUAGCACACCGCCAUUUAAAUUUACAGAGGCUACAGUACCUUCAAGGACAUUACAAGGAUCUCUACACACUCGGUUUUAGCUGAACAACAUAGCAUUUUGAGUGGACUAUUUCCAGCAAAUACACAAUUUUUAUUGAGGGGCCAACAUUCAUAAAUGCAGACACAUCGAAUCCAAGGUUGAUGCUUAUCUUGCUCCCAUUGCUUUGUCAGGAAUGCGGUGAGUAACAUGAUGCACACCCUUCUUGUCUCAAAAUUCUCCCCCUUUUUAGUAGGUUUUAUACUUGAUUUUGUGCACACAAUAUUUGCUAACGCGUGUAGAUUAGGUUGUUGCUGACAUUUGUUAUUUGUAUAUGGAUCCAAGAACAGGCACUCUUUCCCUGAUCUAUUUAUUGGCUUGUCAUAUUUUUUGAAGCAA